GCUAUGUUUAUCUGAUGAUUCUGGUACCUUACGUAUAGUUGUUGUGGAACGAGCGGGGGCGGUUGCAGCUACGUAUAGAUCGGAUACAUGAGGUAAUAGCAAUAAAUUCGUCCUAGCAUAGGAUAUGGAGAAAUAUCUCUUUAUAUCCCGGUGAAUACAUGUAAGAUAUUAUCCAUGGGGGAUGGCAACCCUAAAAGCCCAACGAAAACUGCCUCGUCAUCAUAACGCCAUGCCGGAAGGUCUUUACUCAUCCUCCUCUGUAAGAGCAUCGGCAUCGGAUUCCUUAGGAAUCUUGCCACCCUUGGCUUUGGCGGCCGCGGCAGCAGGUGCGCUGCUCUUGGCCGUGUCGUCGGGGGCUUCUUCAUCGUCCUCCUCAUCCUCAAGCUCUUCUUCAUCUUCUUCAUCGCCGGCGACUCCAUUCUCGCCUUCGCCAUUUUCUUUCGCAUCUUCCUCCUCCUCUUCCUCGGGGGCGGGGGCUGUCUUUAGCUUCUUGGAGGCAGGAGGGGCUAGUAAUAGCAAGGGAAUACUUGUUAGCGCAUGUGAUAGUAUGAGAGCUAGGAGCUAUGCUCACCUUGCUCCUCAGGCUCUUCUUCCUCUUCGCCCUCUUCCUCUUCGAAUUCUUCCUCCUCGCUACCUUCCUCUUCUUCUUCACCACUCUCGGCUACUUCAGAGUCCUCAUAUCUGUCGAAACACCACGUCAGUUAUGGGGUUUCAGAGUGGUGAGAAGGAAGUCAUGAUAAUUCAGGUCAUAAUUGCAAGUAGGAAUGAUGCGAAGAAUCGCAAAAAUAAAUCUCGCUGAAUGGUGCAUAAUGAUGUGAACGUAGAGUAAGGUGGAAACAGAAGCGAUGAUCCUGGGGGUGAAAGAGAAGAGAGACGAGAAAGAAUGCGCUACGAUUUGCGCGCAUCAUGUUCAGAGGACAUGCAGUAGAUCACUUACUCUUCUUCCUCUUCGCUCUCGUCGCUAGGGAGCGCUUGAAGCUCCUCCUCUUCCUCGGCUUCCUGCUUUCUCUUGCGGGUCGACAUGGCUUAGGGCGCGUUGGACGGGUAGGAAUAUAGAUUAAGGAUGUGCUUAUGAGAGAGAGCAG